CAUGCCUGCCCACGGCGUCGUAUGCUUUCCGUCCAAGUCAAUAUCCACUGUCGAAUUCGCUUUCCUUGGAAACAAACAAAUGGAUGCCACCUACAUCUGAACGCUUGCCUCCACUUUUUCUUCUCUUCAUUCUUUCUCUUUCUCUUUCGUUUUAUUUUGAUUUGUAUGAAAGCUUAUUUGCUCGGAAUCUUCGAACCUUCUAGUGUUCUCUCCUCCUUCUCUGUGUUUCCUCGCUUGAUGAUGGGAAUCAGCUUUUCCUCCUUGCUUCCGGACCUGAAUGGAUCUCCGAUUGUGCCCUCGAAACCCUCUUUGGGUGAUUUGCCUGAGAGCUGCGUGGCUUUGAUUCUCGAAUAUAUGAAUCCCCCGCAGAUUUGUGAAUUGGCUAGGUUGAAUCGGACUUUCCGUGGGGCGUCCUGGGCCGAUUUUGUGUGGCAAUCGAAGUUGCCUCCCAAUUGUGAUCUUCUUGUUAAGAAAAUUUUCGAUGAUUUUCAGAGCGAUUCGGGCAAGAGAGGGAUUUACGCUCGGUUGUGCCGAAAGAAUACUCUUGAUGGAGGCUCUAAGAAAGUAUGGCUGGAUAGAAGCACCGGUAAGCUUUGUUUGUCCAUAUCAUCUAAGGGACUUUCAAUAACAGGGAUUGAUGAUCGAAGAUAUUGGAAUCAUAUCCCGACUGAAGAAUCUCGGUUCCACACUGUUGCAUAUCUUCGGCAAAUCUGGUGGUUUGAAGUUGAUGGUGAGGUAGAGUUUCCAUUUCCAGCAGGAACAUACAGCCUAUUCUUCAGACUACGUUUGGGACGAGCCUCGAAGCGACUUGGCCGAACAGUUUGCAACACUGAGCAUGUGCAUGGCUGGGACAUAAAGCCUGUACGAUUCCAGCUAUGGACUUCAUAUGGACAGUACGGUUCAUCUCAGUGUUUCCUGAAAGAGCCUGGGAAAUGGGUUUUUUACCAUGCAGGCGAUUUUGUGGUUAAGAAUGGGAAUGCAUCGACAAGAGUUAAGUUCUCUAUGACUCAGAUUGAUUGCACCCACACCAAAGGUGGUCUGUGUUUAGAUUCUGCGCUGAUAUAUCCAAGUGAGCUUAGAAAGGUUAAAGCAUUUUUAAACUGUUCUUAACCGUCUGAGUAGGAAUUCGAAUGUAAGUGUAUGAUAGAUGUGUCAAAUAGGAGAUUAGGGCGGCUUAAGGAGAGAUAGAGAAUCGAGUUUUAGAAUGGUUCUUACUAGGUGUUUACAGGAGGUGAUGUAAAAUCUACCAGUUUAGUGAAGUAAUGGUGCCUGAUGUUUAUGGUUCUGGUCUCGAGCUGUUAUUAUUUUAUCAGUUCAUCUUCAUGAAUCUUCAUUGAUAUUUUGCGUUAUCUUAAUAUUCAGGCGUCAUUAUCUACUUUAAAUUCAUAUAUUUGAAUCGUUCACCUCUGUCCCUUUCUUAAUAA